AUGGCGCAACGAUGCAGAGCUGUGCAAAAGCUGGCCAUCCUUGUUGGUAAGUUGUCUCUGAGGGAGGGUUCCGUCAUUCCCGUAACGGAGACAGUAUGCAAAUUGAAGGCCAUUUAUAGGACCUAUACAGACAAGAGAACGCAGCGGCGACAGACACAAGAGAGUGCAGCGAAUGAGUCAGUUUCCUCCACUACCUUCUCCGGGGGAAUAUUUAUUUCUGAUGAUCAAUUGACCUACGGCGAUAGAACCACUCCAGGGCCUCUUGCACAAGGCUCGGCAUUCGGCACUUUUCCAGUUCUUGACUUGGCUGGCUCGGCCCCUAUUGCAUCUGAGUCCAGCGUCCGCUUGCCUUCGGAUUCCUCCCUGGGCCGCAAUGGACCGCAGUUGCCUACCCAAGGGACCAGGAAGCCUCGGUCGGGACACGAAGCAUCAAUUUCAAUCCCUCCUCAUCAGUUCCCGGGUCAUUCUUUGGAUUCGUUGGCCCACAAAAGACAGCUAGCUGCGACAGAAUAUGGUCGAUUCCGUGCUUUUGUGUCUGACAGCUUUGGAUCUUAUGCUCCUUGUUUUGCCGGCGACGGUCAUUCGCGCUUGCCUUCAGAUAGUGUAGCUGCUCGCCAGGCGCCCUCUUCUGCAAUAGGCAACAGUGCAGCACAGCCAAAUGUCUCUCUGGAAAGUCGACGCACUCGAGAUCUGGAAAAGGAGUCCACAAAGAUUGGGGCAGAAGACCUUCAAUACCUGAAUGCCAAAGGAGCUUUUGACUUGCCGAAUCGCAGAUUGCAAGAGGAAAUGGUCGAUGCCUUUUUUACAUGGGUCCACCCCCUUUUGCCAGUUUUAAAUCGGACAUCAUUCCUCAAGGACUUUCGAAAUAACAAGCCUCUGAGUUUGCUACUCUUGUUUGCCGUAUUCACUGCUGGAUGCAAAGGCUGUCGAAAUCCCUUGCUUAUGGACAAAUGGGGCACCAAUAUUAGCAGCGGAAGAUAUUACUAUAACGUGACCAAAACGUUACUCAACACGAACUAUGAGCCCGACAAGCUGAUACAGAUCCAGGCACUUCUGCUCAUAACAUGGUGGUGGGACAAGAAAGAUGAUGGAGGACAAAAUAUGCGAGGUUGUGCUGUCAACGCGCUUAACAUGGCAGAAUGCAUUGGGAUGAAUCGGUGGGAUCAAUAUCCAAGGAGUGAUCGUGUUGAAACCGGCCUUUGGAAGAGAGUAUGGUGGGGGUGCAUCGUAAGAGACUGCAUGGCGUCGACGGCGCACGGCCUCCCGCGAGCAUCAAAUCUCCUUGAGUGUGAUGUACCAGCGUUAGAAUUCGAUGAUUUCGUCGAAGAAGGGGGUUUCUCGAUCGGGGGACAAGUCUCUCCCUACACGUUGGAGGAGAUGCACUUUUACAUGGAAGAAAUAACACUCUGCGACCUCAUGGGCGACAUCUUCUCACAGAUUGCCUCACCGAACAAUACGCCUGGCCAAUCCAUGCAAGGCACUUACCCAAGAGUCCAGGCUGACGAUGGUCUCAACAAUGAGUGGGAUCAAUGUUUGCAAUCGUGGUAUUCUAGCAUUCCCCCCGAGUUGGAAUAUGAUGUGAACGACGUGCAAAGCCACCGGUUCCUCCGAGCCUUUCUUCAAGUAUUGUUCUUUACGAUUAUCUGUAUACGCUACCGAAUCGGCUCUCUGUCAGAUGCAAAUUGUCCCAAAGCUCGCUACAGCCGAACGCGAGGUUUCCUUGCGGCCACAAUGAUCACCAAGGUGGUCAGAAACCUCAAGUCUCACGAUCAAAUAAUGAAGUGCCCUGGGUUCCUCACCCACUCUCUGUUCCUUUGUCAAAUCUUCCACAUGAUGGAAGCACAAGAACAUAAUCCAGUUGUGACCGAGGAUGCACAAAGGAAGUAUACGCUUUGUCUUAACACCUUGUACGAUUUUAGUCAGCUGUGGAUCAGUGCCUCCUUGAUACAUCGGCUAUUCGAAGCUCUGCAAUCGCAGUUGUUUAAGUCUCACAAGCAGAUUCCAUUAGCUUCAGGGGCACCAGCGAAGGCCUGGUACCCUGCGGGUGUACAUACGUCAGAAGACCUGGGGGAAAUCCAUGUCCAAGAGCUUCUUGCCGAUCGAUUCUCCCUCACGGAGCCCCAGGAUCGCGGCGACUGGUUUAGCAGCGGAGUUCAAGGGCCGGCUUAUAAUUAUUCUGCGUCUGAUCUUCAGCAACUUCAAGAGCAGUAUGAUCCAAUGAUCUCCCAAGGGGACCAGCCGUUUCCCGAUUCUCUAGACGUUUACGAUUGGUAA